AUGUACGCUUCCAGCAUCUUCACCAUCUUGGCCGCUGCCGUUGCCAGCGUGUCUGCCCUUCCCAAGGGCACUCCCACCGAAGGCAACAUGCUUCCUUCUCGUACUUUCCUUACUGGCGUGACACACUCAGUCGUCGUCGGCCGUGGAGGUCUCCACUUCGACCCUGAAAACGUUGUUGCUGAGAUCGGCGACACUAUCGAGUGGCACUUCACUGCUGCCAACCACUCCCUGGCUCAGUCCGACUUUGCUCAUCCUUGCAAGCCCCUUGCUGAUGGCACUGGCUUCUUUGCCGGCUUCAACUUUGUCACCGCUGAGGGCCAGAACCCCAACGUCUACCAGAUCACCGUCGUCGACAACUCUCCCAUCUGGUACUACUGCCCUCAAACCAAGGGAAACCACUGUCAAAAUGGCAUGUUGGCCGUAAUUAACCAAAACCCAUCAACGGAAAAGGUUCUUUCCAACCAGAAAGUGAUUGCAAAGGGCACAGGCGUCAGUGUUGUGCCUCCCACGAUCCAAGGAGGCAAGGUUGGCGGAUUCCAGAGGGCCAACCCCAACCCCCUGAGCGGUUUCUAA